UUGAAGGUUUCUGAAAAGUGGUCACUUCCCAACCCUCGAUCUCGUUUAUGGAAUCUGUGGCUUGAGAGGCCGGGGCAAGGAGGGAUUUCAAACUCCCCCCGACCACUUUCAUGGUGAUAGUGAAGUCACAGUGAUGGGGCGUGUGUCUCUGCUAAGUGGAAGCCCAGGGCAGGAGCAGGAAGGAGUAGGGAGGGAGCAGGAGCAGGCAGGAGCAGGAGGAGGAGAAGGAGCAGGAGCAAGCAGGAGCAGGCAGGAGCAGGAGCAGGAGCAGGAGCAGGAGCAGAAGCAGGAGCAGGAGCAGGAGCAGGAGCAGGAACAGGAGCAGGAGCAGAAGCAGGAGCAGGAGCAGGAGCAGGAGCAGGAGCAGGCAGGAGCAGGAGCAGGAACAGGAGCAGGAACAGGAGCAGGAGCAGGAGCAGGAGCAGGCAGAAGCAGAAGCAGGAGCAGGAACAGGAGCAGGAGCAGGAGCAGGAGCAGGAGCAGGAGCAGGAACAGGAGCAGGAGCAGGAGCAGGAGCAGGAACAGGAGCAGGAGCAGGAGCAGGAGCAGGCAGGAGCAGGAGCAGGAACAGGAGCAGGAGCAGGCAGGAGCAGGCAGGAGCAGGAGCAGACAGGAACAGGAGCAGGAGCAGGAGCAGGAGCAGGAACAGGAGCAGGAGCAGGAGCAGGAGCAGGCAGGAGCAGGAGCAGACAGGAACAGGAGCAGGAGCAGGAGCAGGAGCAGGAACAGGAGCAGGAGGAGGAGCAGGAGCAGGAACAGGAGCAGGAGCAGGAGCAGGAGCAGGAGCAGGAACAGGAGCAGGAACAGGAGCAGGAGCAGGAGCAGACAGGAACAGGAGCAGGAGCAGGAGCAGGAGCAGGAGCAGGAACAGGAGCAGGAGCAGGAGCAGGAGCAGGAACAGGAACAGGAGCAGGAGCAGGAGCAGGAGCAGGAACAGGAGCAGGAGCAGGAGCAGGAGCAGGAGCAGGAGCAGGAGCAAGAAGGCAGGAGCAGGAGCAGGAGCAGGAGCAGGAGCAGGAACAAGAAGGCAGGAGCAGGAGCAGGAGCAGGAUCAGGAGCAGGAGCAGGAACAGGAGCAGGAGCAGGAGCAGGAGCAGGAACAGGAGCAGGAGCAGGAGCAGGAGCAGGAGCAGGAGCAGGAGCAGGAGCAGGAGCAGGAACAAGAAGGCAGGAGCAGGAGCAGGAGCAGGAGCAGGAGCAGGAACAAGAAGGCAGGAUCAGGAGCAGGAGCAGGAGCAGGAGCAGGAGCAGGAACAAGAAGGCAGGAGCAGGAGCAGGAGCAGGAGCAGGAUCAGGAGCAGGAGCAGGAACAGGAGCAGGAGCAGGAGCAGGAGCAGGAGCAGGAGCAGGAGCAGGAACAAGAAGGCAGGAGCAGGAGCAGGAGCAGGAGCAGGAUCAGGAGCAGGAGCAGGAACAGGAGCAGGAGCAGGAGCAGGAGCAGGAGAAGGAGCAGGAAGAAGCAGGCAGAAGCAGAAGCAGGAGCAGGAGCAGGAUCAAGCAGGAGCAGGAGCAGGCAGGAGCAGGAGCAGGAGCAGGAACAAGAAGGCAGGAGCAGGCAGGAGCAGGCAGGCAGGUGCUGUCCCUGCUGUCCCAUGUGGGGACAGCUCCCCGUGUCCCCGCUGCGCUGCCAUGGCAGCAGCUCCCGUCAGACGGAGCCUGCAGCUGCAGCACGGGGAACGCACAGGAUGCCGUGUCACACAUGAGUGACUCCCGGGCAGCCCAAGUGACAGAUGCAUUUCCUCGACUCCAGGCCAGGCUCCAGCACAAACCACUCUUCAUUUAUCAAUAAUUGGGCCUUAAUUUCAUUUGGCAGCGCUGGAGCAGCAUGCUCAGCUUCCUCUCCAAUAGACUCCCGCUAAUUAGGCUGGCUUUGGGCAUCAAUCUCUUGAUUUGAGCCUCUAAUAAUCAACCCAGAUCCUGCUUUUUGCACAGGACGUGGUGGCUUUAUCCAUAAGUCAUUAUUAGCCAUAAUGGAAUGGGAACGGGAGCCGUUCUGUUAUUGAUGGCUCCGAGAGGCAGGAGCAGGGAUCCCGCUCUGCCUGUUCACACGGAAUCAACGCCUUGACUCCUCUGGCACCCCUCUGGAAUAAGAAAUGUCGUGUUCCGCAGGCCUCAGGCACAGAAAAGGGUGGUUUUGGUCACUUGCAGUCCAUGUGUUGGGGAGAUUUUGGGGAAGGGUUCAUACAGGUACGGAAGUUUGGGUGUGGGCUGGCCGGAGAGGCUGGGAUCUCCCCAUCCCUGGAAGUGUCCCAGGCCAGGGUUUGGAACAGCCUGGGACAGGGGAAGGGGUCCCUGCCCGUGGGAGCUGCAUGAGCUUUAAGGUCCCUCCCAUCCCAAACCAUUCCCUGAUUCUGGCCCCUCCCCACGGCCUGCGGGCUGUGCUGCCAUCGCCAGCUUUAGGGAGUGUUCAGCCCCAGGGAGUCUCUCCAGGGAGGGGCUCCCAGCGGUGUUGUUCUCGCUCUGAGUGUUUCCUGGCACAGCCCAGCUCAGCGACAGCUCCUCGGGGCUGAUUGCCGUGCCCAGAUGAGCUCUCGGAGUUUGCUGCGCAAUCCAAUCCACGGCAUAAUUGAAGAGCAUGAGGAACAAAAUUCCUCCUUGUUUCACCCCAGUAACUCCACCAAAUUCAGCGGAGAGCGCUCCAUAUGGUCCCGCACGAGUCGGGUAAUGUGUGGAUUGUGCCAGAAUAAAUGAAAUCUCCCAUGUCUUGGUGGCUGGUUAUUACUAAA